AUGGAGGAGCAUGUUGUUCCAGACCUAAACGAGCCAAUACCAAUAUAUGGUACUCCUAAUCAAGAUGAUCUUGAUGUCAACGCAAAUGAAAGUGGAGCUGGUAGGACAAGAAACUUCUUAUGUGAUGAUACACGAAGAGCCAUUUACUCCAUGAUUUUAGAGCGAACUGCUCCGGGUGUUAUGAAACGUGGAGUGAUGAAAUCUGUAGCUGAAGAUAUGGGCGUUCCAUUGAGAGUUGUUCAGCGUAUAUGGACAACAGGGAAGCAUGGUGGAGGAGUACAUGCUGUUUGCAAUAAGAGGGCUAAGAAUUGUGGCCGUAAAAGAAUACACAUUGACCCACAAGACAUCCGUGAUGUGCCUCUUCGUGAUCGCACAACUUUGAGAGAUUUAGCACACGCUCUGCAUGUUACUCCGAGCACAUUGUUUCUUCGUUUGAAGAAAGGGGAAUUAACACGGCAAACAAAUGACAUUAAGUUCUCUUUGACUGAAGAAAACAAGAAAUCACGUUUGCGCUUUUGCAUCUCAAUGCUCGACAUCCACAGCAUACCUCAUGAUCCAAUAUUUAAAGGUAUGUACAACAUGGUUUACAUAGACGAGAAGUGGUUCUAUAUGACGAAGAAAUGUCAGAACUAUUACUUGGCACCAGGUGAAGAUAAACCACUGCGAACUGUGAAAAACAAGAAUUUCAUUGGAAAGGUGAUGUUUCUUGCGGCCAUUGCUCGACCAAGAUUUGAUGACCAAGGUAAUGAGAUGUUCUCUGGGAAAAUUGGUAUUUUCCCUUUUACUUAUACGGAGCCAGCCCAGAGGAGUAGUGUAAACAGGCCUGCAGGUACCAUGGUCACUAAACCUAUGCCGUCAGUAAACAAGCAAACUAUCAGGUCAUAUCUUAUCGACAAAGUUAUGCCUACCAUCAAACAAAAAUGGCCAAUAGAGGACUCAACACAUCCUAUCUUUAUUCAGCAAGAUAAUGCAAGAACCCACAUUGAUCCCAAUGAUGAAGAGUUCUGUCGAGUAGCCAAAGAAGAUGGAUUUGAUAUCCGUUUGAUGUGUCAACCUCCAAAUUCUCCUGAUCUAAAUGUCUUAGAUCUUGGUUUUUUUGCUGCAAUUCAAUCCAUACAAAUGAAGAACUCAUCGAAGACGGUAGAAGAACUUGUGAGUGCAGUGGUGAAAGCAUAUGAAGAAUAUCCGACGGAUCGGUCCAAUCAUAUCUUUCUCACUCAACAAUCUUGCAUGAGAGAAAUUAUACGAGAGAAGGGCAGCCAGCACUACGUCAUUCCACAUAUGCAGAAGAAAAUGCUAGAGAGGAAUGACGAGCUUCCAAGAAGUCUAAAAUGUGAUACUCAAAUUGUAGAAGAAGCCAGGGUGUACUUGAAUUAG